AUGCCAACACGUGGUGCUGGUCAAAUCCGUCCUUGGAUAAAAAGUAUAGUCAACCACACAUACUGGGUUGCAGCGUCAAGUGGAAACAAUGGGCAAAUGAAGGUUGACAAAUGGAAAUCUAUUAGCAACCAUCUUAUCAAUGUCCAUGAACAUGAUUCUGAGGUCUUUCCACGGUGUGAACAUGGCCAGCUAAUUGAACCUAGAGACUGGAUGCAGCAAGGCUCUAGAUACCACAAGAUGGUAAAAGAUGUUGUGGAGAGUCCCUAUCUCCUUAGAGAUCUUCCAAAACUGUCACCUGUUUACCAGACAUAUGGACUUGAAGUUUUUCACUCUGUGGUGAAUCAUUUCGCACCAAAGAGUUGUGUAUUGCUGCAUUUCAUUACAAUGAAAACGGAACGAGACGUCAGUCAAUAACAAGAGAGGGUGAACUACAGUGGAGUGUAUCCUACCCAAAGGCAAAGAAAGGACAGGAAUGUGUAGUAAAACCUCGCAGAGUGCCUGCAACCUUUGGUAAUUAAGUUAAAAGAAGUGACUAACAAAUGCUAUUGCAUAAUUUUACAUAUAUAUAUAUCUAUUAAAUCUAUAAUG